CUUCCCCGAUCGAGCAUCAGCUACGACGGACCGGCGAAUUCCCUGGUGCGGUGACUGAGCAAUGUCUGGAGGCCCCUAAUUGCAUCAGCGAACCCAGAUGGCUGACCUACAGCGUCGGUGAUCUCGGCUGUGACGACUUCCGACGGUGACUCUGCCACGUCGGCGAGUUGACCCAGCGGCGGACGGCAUCCCCUUCUAGCGACGAUCUCCGACAGUGGCUAGGACGAGCGAUUCCAGCAAUUCUGGCGAGCAGCAGCGAUAGAACUCUGACGACCCUCUCGAGCAGUGGCGACUAGGGUCGGGGCAACGCCAUCUUGGACCGCAACUCCAGCGACCUUCGAGGGACAGUGUAGGACUCGAGAGCAGCGGCGGCGGCAGAGGCUGGACCCACCAGCGACUUCCAGGCAGCCGACCAUGCUCCGGCGAUUCCCACAGCGAUGAUGGUGGGAGCGAGGUCCGGGUUGAUUUUGGCGACGAGGCAGGAUCCGGACAGCGGGGAGUACCUCGAUGAUCCCGGGAGUUGAAGAACACGGCCUGAGCAGCAGCAAUAGCGCCCCGACAACCUCUAGACAACAUCGGGUAAUGUGGGCUAACGCCAAUAGUGGAAAUCGAGCAGCGGUCACGACCUACGUCGAUGCUUGAUCGACAUCAGAUUGAAUUGGAACGAAUCUAGGUGGUUGUGGAAGAUUGAUUCUAAAAUCUAUCCCGGAAAGCAGCAGGACAGAGGAGAUGUACAGAUGCAGGAAUUUAGUAAAGUUGAUGUUUUGAUUAAAUUAUAGGCUUCUGCACUAUUUGUAUAAACUCCGAUAUGUAUUUAAAUUAUUUGAAUGACGCCGCCAACCUCCUCUCCCCCUUCCGAUUCCGCGACGCGACCCAAUCGACGGCGACGACGCGGCUCAGGGACCCGGAGACGGCGACGAUGCGGCUCAGGGACACGGCGGCGUCUGACCCGACCCGUUCCCCCGGCGGUUCCCUCUGAUUUCCGUUGAGUUCCAGCAGCGCCAAGACACGCAGGGGGUUGAUCGGCCAUCGAUGACGAGAGUUCCAGCGAGGGCUACUCUCCACUCCGGCGAAAUAGCGGGGAACUCCGGCGAGGGCUAUUCUCUGCUCCGGCGAACCAGGAAGCUCCGGCGACUCCCUCUGUUCCGGUGACUGGUUUGGGCAGCAGCGAAGAUAGGUCUAGACAGCAGUGGCGCAGGUCCCCUCUGCUCUAGUGACCUCCGGCGAUGUCCAAGACGAAUUGGGCAGCGGCGGUGCACGUACUCCGUCAUUAUUGGACAAUGCUUUCCUGGAAUUUCAAUUGAGCAAACGAGGUUUCCAGUGAGCGGAGCCCAUCUCUUGUCUCAGCUAUCAAUGGCGCAGGCAGUACAGCAGGCUACAAACCCCUCCCGCUUCCUACUUUACUCGUCCAUUUCCAGAAUUCCAUUUAAACUCUCCAAAUCCAAAUUUUCCUCCUUUUGCAUUCGCACUCUUUGCUCUUCAUCCGAUGACCAUCAGGAGAACAGGGAGUUUGACUUGUCCAACUACAUAGAGACCUUUGCCAAGCGCAUGGCAAUGGCUGGCCUCAAACCUCAUCACCGUAUUGCUUUGGGUGUUUCUGGUGGUCCCGAUAGCAUGGCCUUGUGUGUUUUAGCAGCAUCUUGGAAAACAAACAGUCAAGGUAAUGGUCUUAUCACUAAUGAGAAAACCCAGUACAUUGAUGGACUUUUGGCUAUAGUAGUGGACCAUGGAUUACGAGCUGAGAGUAAAGACGAGGCCAACCUUGUUCAGGGCCGAGUCACCGAUAUGGGUAUUAAAUGUGAGAUUGCUCAUUGCGAAUGGUUGGAUGGUAGACCGAAACAGGGCCAUGUUCAAGAAGAGGCUCGUAAUAAAAGGUAUGAAAUUCUACAAAGUGUUUGUAUCCAGCAUCAGACGAGUGUCUUAUUAAUUGCACAUCAUGCUGAUGACCAGGCAGAGCUAUUCAUUUUGAGAUUAUCUCGGAAUAGCGGUGUGCUUGGGCUCUCUUGCAUGCCGUUUGUAUCAGAAUUGUACUGUGCGCAUACAAAUCUGGAACGUUCCCAACAUCAUAAAACCUUACUGGUUAGACCGCUCUUGGAGUUUUCAAAAGAAGAUAUGCGGAAGAUAUGUAGAGCUGCCAACCAAAGAUGGGUGGAAGAUCCGACUAAUGAAAGUCAGCUAUUUGCUCGUAACAGGAUUCGAUUGGCAUUGGCCAGCUUGUCAUCAUCUGCCUUCAAAGCUGAAUUACAAGCAGUUAUAACAGCUUGUCAGAGAACAAGGAUGCAUGUUGAUAGAAUUUGUUCCAAUCUGAUUCAUAAUGUUGUGAUCAUCACGCAUCUAGGUUAUGCGGUGGUUGAUCUAGGUCUUCUAAAUCCCUUGGAAGUUGAGGACAUAAUCCUUUCAAAGUUCAUUUCCUUGGUUCUGCAGUUUGUUUCCCAAAGAAGAAGACAUAUCCGAGGAAGUGCUUUAAGGUUGAUUCUUGACUACAUUCGUAUUUCUCCAUGCAAGACCUGUCUUACGGCAGCUGGUUGUUACCUAUGUCCAGCUCCUGGUUCCAAAGGCACCAAAAUGCUUCUUUGCUGCUUACCCAAUGAAAAUCUCUCUUUGAAGACGGGAUUAUCAGAUAUGUUUCUUAACAACGUAUUGAAGUGCUCAAAAGGUGAUGUAGAGCAAAUAAUAACAGAAGCAAAAGUAUAUGCAGAUCAAUUUUUUCUGGAUGGAUUGCGACCGAACUUCUUAGAUUUAAAAUCUUCAGAGUCUGUUCUAGUUGAAGCCAGAAGGCGAGGCAUUCUCAGUGAGUCUACCUAUCAGAGUAUUGUUUCUUUGCAGGAAAAUGAGAGUGAAAUUUUCAGGUCUCAACCCAAUAAAAUCUCUUGUUUAGAGUUAGAAAUUGAAGAACCUGCCAAUUAUAUUCCAAGCAGAGUGCUUUACCAGGAUGACUUGGGUUACUUCAUGAACAGAUUCUUGGUAAAAUGGAAUAUCAGGAAGAAAGCAUAUUGUAACUUAUAUACCAUUAAAGAUACAGAUGCUAGUGAAAAAAAUGUCGGUGAAAGAUGGAACUCUUGCAGUUUGUGUGUCAUUGGACUUAAUAUGGUAGCUGAGGUGCGCCACAUGAUAGAUGCUGAUUGGUUGUACCUUGCACAGCUAGCAAGUUCUCAGAGCAAACCAUUACUGUUUGCUUCAGAUGCGGACAGAACUCUGGGAAUCUCAUGCACUGAUUAUGCAAAACAAUCAGCUCAAAGGGCCCUCUCCACAUUGAAGUCUAUUCCAGUCGCUGCAAGAAGAACUCUACCUGUCCUGGUUAACAGUAAUGGGUUACUACUAAGCAUCCCGAGUAUUGAUUUCCAGCUCUGUCCCUGCUUCGUGGUGACUGCCAUAUUCAAGCCGAUAGUUCCGCUUGGCGGUGGUUACAGUUCAUUUCUGUAGUUAUUUACUUACUUUUAUUCAAUUUAUUAAUUUACGCUGUGUCUGUUAGCAUGUACUUGUCUCUGAUGUAUUAGUUUAAAACUCAAGUUUUUUUUGGACUGUUAGAUUCCAAUCUUGAAGAAACAUCUUCAUGCUUAAUUGAUGUACACAUUAAUACAUCAGAGAACCAUAUCUUUCAAUUGAUCACAAAUGUGAUUCCCAGUGAUUAGACGUGGCAAUUGGGUCAAUCAGAUAAGUUCCGGUUUGGAAUAAUUUGGUUCACAUAUC